CGAUGCUUGUAGCCCACUAUUUGGUACUAACACGUAUUAUUUAUAUUACGAGCUAUCAAUAAAGAGGCUUGUACACACGGGGACUUGUACCAACAUCUCUUUUUUGAUUGGGUAUAAUCUUGACGUCCGGUGACAUGGUUUACUGAAUGUUUUUGUUUUCAUAAUAGAGUAGGUAGCGAAGUAUCGUUUCAGUGCACUUAUAGCUCGCGGCAUCACAAUAUCUACUACUGUAUUUUCAAAGUGAAGAAAAUGUAAGAAAACGGUGAACUUUUGCACAGCAUUAUUGGAAAUAAUAUGUAAGCGUAAAUAAACAAUCGCGUAAGCAACGGGCUCGCACUGCCAAAUUAUUGAGCUAACAUGGCCAUCACAUCACCGCGGAGCCUUAGCUGUUUCGCUCCUAUUGUAGAGUAGAGAUCACGUGACCCUCGUACUAGGCCUGCUGUCUGUUUUCAGUGGAGGGAGAGAGAGGAAGAAAAAUGGCGACUGUAGGCGACCCGGAGCGGGACGCCGGCCAUUCUGUUUGAGCUUUCUCUCGCUAACUGAGUCCGGGGCUUAGUGGGACUACUUCUCGGUUAUCUACGGAGGUUCAACUACCAGGCGGUACCCGUUUUCCCGGGUUUACGUGGGCGAGUUGCGCGCGAAAACUGAAAUUGAAAAUAAUACAUUUGUAUCUAUAUAAUGAGGGGGAGAAGAGGCAGGCCGCCUAAACAGGCGCUGAUGCAGGAGCCUUCCCCCGGGCCAGUCCGCGGUUUGAGACCCAGGCGAGGAUUACGUGGAAAGGGUAGAGGUACGACCGAUGUCGAAAUUGCGACUCCCAGGAGGGGAAAUUACCACUCCUCGAGAGGCAGGAGGAAAGUGGGAUCAACCACGACAUCAAGGGGUAGAGGAAGAGGCAGGGUUGCAGGCAGCGGCGGAGGAAGAGGGAGACGGGCGGUAAGCAAGGUGGUCUACGAUGACCAUGAGAGCGAUGAAGACGAGGAUGCAGUGAGCUUGAGAUCGGAGGAAGACGAGUUUUUACACGAAGAGCCGAUAUCGGACGAAGAAGAGGAGGCCUUGGACGACGAGUCCGAUUAUCUGGAGGAAAUACCCGAUGAAGAUGAUGCCAGCUACUGCACUGAAAGCAGUUUUCGGAGCCAUAGUACGUACGGCAGCACUCCAGGGCCGAGGAGGUCGCGGGUGCACCGCCCGCGCUCCCCCAUCUUCGAGGAGAAGGAGGUGCCGCCGCUGGAGCUGCCCAAGACGUCGGAGGACCUGAUGAUCCCGGGCGAGCAGCUGCUGAGCGUGUCGGCCAUCUUCGAGGUGCUGCGCAACUUCGGCACGGUGCUGCGGCUGUCGCCCUUCCGCUUCGAGGACUUCUGCGCGGCGCUGGUGGGCCAGGAGCAGUGCACGCUGAUGGCGGAGACGCACAUCGCGCUCCUGAAGGCCAUCCUGCGCGAGGAGGACACGUCCAACACCACCUUCGGCCCCGCCGACCUCAAGGACAGCGUCAACUCCACGCUCUACUUCAUCGACGGCAUGACGUGGCCCGAGGUGGUGCGCGUGUACUGCGAGAGCGACCCGGAGUACCACCAGGUCCUGCCGCACCAGGAGGGCGAGGACUACCCCUUCGGCCCGCUGGAGAGCAAGAUCAAGGUGCUGCAGUUCCUGGUGGACCAGUUCCUCACCACCAACAUCGCGCGCGAGGAGCUGAUGUCGGAGGGCGUGGUGCAGUACGACGACCACUGCCGCGUGUGCCACAAGCUGGGCGACCUGCUGUGCUGCGAGACCUGCUCCGCCGUCUACCACCUGGAGUGCGUCAAGCCGCCGCUGGAGGAGGUGCCCGAGGACGAGUGGCAGUGCGAGAUCUGCGUGGCGCACAAGGUGCCCGGCGUCACCGACUCGGUGGCCGAGAGCCAGAAGAGCCGGCCGUACAUCCGCCAGGAGCCCGUGGGCUUCGACCGCCACCGCCGCAAGUACUGGUUCCUCAACCGGAGGAUCGUGGUCGAGGAAGACGGCGAACACGAGAACAAGAAGAUAUGGUACUACAGCACGAAGGUGCAGCUGGCCGAGCUGAUCGACGGCCUGGACAGGGAGUACUGGGAGGCCGACCUGUACGCCACCCUGCAGGAGAUGAGGGAGGAGGUGCACACCCACAUGGACAUCACCGAGGACCUGACCAACAAGGCCAGGGGCAGCAACAAGUGCUACCUGACCGCAGCCAACGAGGAGAUCCUGGAGCGGCUGAAGGCCAAGCAGGACGCAGAGAUGGAGGAGGUGAAGAGGCGGGCGGCGGAGGAGGCGGAGAAGACCCGGCGGGAGUCCGGGGUGGAGCUGCCGCCGCCCCCCGAGGAGGAGCAGCCGCCGCCGGACGGGCCGCCCGAGCAGGAGGAGCCGAAAGUGGACGAGGGCGAGGCUGCGGCCGCAGCAGAGGCGCCCCCUGCUGGAGAGGAGAACGGCGGCGCCGCGGGGCCGAAGCCCGACUCGCCCGCGCCCGACGGCGGCGGCCCCCCCGCGGCCGAGCAGCCCAGCCCCGCCGGGGGGAGCGGCGAGGAGGGGCCGGCCGCUGCCGCCGCCGCCGCCGCCACCGGCCCGGAGGAGCCAGCAGAUAAGUCCAGCGAGGAGGGCGAGUCCGCCCUGGCCCAGCCCCCGCAGCCCAGUGACGAGAACAGCAACAGCAGCCACGCGUCCGCCUCCGAGCCGCCCAAGGGCCCCGAGGAGCCCGACAUCGCCGACAAGUCCUCCCAGUCCUCCGUCACCAGCCUGGAUGACACGGGUGAGGGGAAGGAGAAGUCGAACGGCGAGGGAGCGGGCGGGGCCCGGGGCACCCUGGCGUCCACGCGCAUGGUGACGCGCCUGCGGAACCCGGAGAGCAAGCUGAGCCAGCUGAAGAGCCAGCAAGUGGCCGCAGCCGCCCACGAGGCCAACAAGGCCUUCAAGGAGGGCAAGGAGAUCCUCACUGUAAGCACUCAAGGAGAAGUGUCUCGUCUGAGCACCAAGAAGGAAAUAGUGAUGAAGGGCACCUUGAGUAACUUCUUCAAGCUGGGCCAGGAGGGCAAGUACCGGGUCUACCACAACCAGUACAGCACCAACACCCUGGCCCUCAACAAGCACCAGCACCGCGAGGACCACGACAAGCGGCGCCACCUGGCCCACAAGUUCUGCAUGACCCCGGCGGGCGACUUCAAGUGGAACGGCUCGGUCCACGGCUCCAAGAUGCUCACCAUCUCCACCCUGCGGCUGACCAUCGUGCAGCUGGAGAACAACAUCCCCGCGCCCUUCCUCCACCCCAACUGGGCCUCUCACAGGUCCAACUGGAUCAAGGCGGUGCAGAUGUGCAGCAAGGCGCGGGAGUUCGCCCUGGCCCUGGCCAUCUUGGAGUGCGCCAUAAAGCCGGUGGCCCUCCUGCCCGUGUGGAAGGACUCCCUCGGACACACCAGGUUGCAUCGAAUGACCUCCAUCGAGCGAGAGGAGAAGGAGAAGGUGAAGAAGAGGGAGAAGAAGCUGGAGGAGGAGGAGACCAUGCAGCAGGCCACCUGGGUGAAGUACACCUUUCCCAUAAAGCACCAGGUGUGGAAGCAGAAAGGGGAGGAGUAUCGAGUGACGGGCUACGGCGGGUGGAGCUGGAUCAGCAAGACCCACGUGCACCGCUUCGUCCCCAAACUGCCCGGCAACACCAACGUCAACUACCGCAAGGAGCUGGAGGCUGCCAAAAGCGGGAAGACGAUGACGACGGUGACGACCGCGACCGCGUGCGACGUGGACAAAAGGAGGAGCCAGCCGAGAGCCGGCCCGGAGGACCGGCCCGCGGACGACUCCGCCAAAAGCAAGCCGGACGCGGGCAAGCGCCUCCCCCCCGGCGAGUCGCCCGAGGAGGAGAGCCAGGACUACAAGGUGGAGGAGAAGAUGGCGGAGAUGAUGAAGGACCGGCCUGCGGAGAAGGGCGACGAGCAGGACAAGGAGGAGGAGGAGGAGGAGGAAGAGGAGGAGGAGGACGCUGAGAAGAUGGAGGUCGAUGCCAGCCCGAUGGACUCGGGACCGGAUAAAGAAAAAGGGAAAAGCGAGAGCGAGAGCGACAUGAAGGAGGAGCCCAGAGAGGGCGAGGGGGCCGGGGGCGAGGGCCAGGGCCGGCCCAAAUCCCCGCAGAGGCCCUUCAACUACGACGUGGUGAACGUGAGCGAGGGCUUCCAGCUGCGCACGGCGUACAAGAAGAAGGUGAAGGCCUCCAAGCUGGACGGGCUGCUGGAGCGCCGCGUCCGGCAGUUCACCCUGGAGGAGAAGCAGCGGCUGGAGCGCCUCAAGCAGUCUUCCCUGGUCAAGGCGGGCGCGCGGGGCGCCGUCGCGGCCCCCCAGCCCGCGCCCAGGAUCAAGCUCGAGGCCAAGCCCGUCGCCGCGGCCUCGGCGGCGAACCCCGCGCCGAGCAGAGCGCCGGAAGCGCCGGGCCUUCCGAAGACGGGCGGGGGCGCGGCCGUUGCGCCCGGCGCCGCCGCCGCGGAGACCGCGCCCGCGAGCGUCAAGCCCGAAACCCCGGCGCCCUGUCAGGAGGCGGGGGCCGUGGCCGCUGAACCGGCUCCCAAACGGGACGUUUCGGCGGGGUCCGGCGCUGAGCUGAAGCCGAGCUCGGCCGGGCCCGGGACGCAGGAGGCGGGCUCGGCCUCGGCCUGCAGGGGGAACGGCUCCGAGCCAGAGCCCGCCUCCCAGGCCCUAAGGACUGCGGACGCUCAGUCCGAGGCGUCUCCGAGAGAGAGCCAGACCGUCACUGAGCCCGAGGGCGACGCCGCCGCCCCCGCCAGGGCCGGGCGGGACGACCUCGGGAGCGCAGUGACGACGUCCGCUCUGCCGGGGCCCGCGCCCGACGGCAACUCCGCCCUCACGCCGGCCUCUCAGAAGAGCCAAGACCGCGAGGGGGAGGAGGAGGAGGCCCGGUCGCGUCAGCCGUCCGAAUUCCUUCAGCCCGAACCCAAGGAGAAAGCGCGCCUCCCCGACGCCCGCGGGGAGCCGACCGCGGCGGAGGAGAACGGCAAGAAGCACGGCGGGUACGGGGAGGGCGGAGAGCGCAAGGACAGGGAAGGCGCGGGCGCCGACGGCAACCGCGAGGCGGGGACCAAGGCCGCGGAGGAAGCGGAGAAGCCGCCCCCCGCCGCGGCGGUGCAGGUGAACGGGAAGGACGGCGGCGAAAACAAAGCCCUCCGGGACUGCAGGACCCCCGCGAGAGAGGCGUCCGCCCCGGGCCUGAGCAACAACGUGGAGGCGAAGGUGAACAACGUGGCCAAGGCCGGCGCGGACGGGGCGCUUCCCCUGCGGGACCCGCUGCGCCCGCUGAUGAACGGCGACCUGGCGGCCGACGCGUCCAAGGAGACGUCGAACAGCGCGGCCCUCCUCCCCCCCGCCCUGCUGCAGACCGCCCCGCCCCCCGCGCUCGACGGCGGGAGGGUCGCCGCGGCGACGGCGGCGGCGGAUGCCGACUACCUGCCGCCCGAGAAGGUGGCGCGGUUGGACAACGACGUGGUCCAGGUGGUGGACUCCACCGUCACCUCGCCGCUGCCCCCCGCCCAAAUCCCCCCCGCCGCCGCCGCCCCCCCGGCGGAGCUCCGGAGGCCCGAGGAGAACAGCAGCGCCGAGCCGGAGCCCAUGGAGGCGGAGGCCGCCCCCCCGAAGAAGAUGGUCCCGUCCCCUGUCCCGUCGGCCGAGGAGUCCAGCCUGAGCAACGACUUCACGGAGGACAGCAGCAGCGGGGCCUGCUCCGAGGCCCAGAGGGGGGCGGAGCCGCCCACCACCGUCAUCACAGAGGUCACCACCACCACCACCACCACCACCACCGUGUCCACCGAGUCCAAGACGGUCCAGAUCGCCGAGGUCUCCAGCACGCACAGCGCUGCCUCCGCCGCCGCCGCCGCCCCCCGCCCGGCGGUGGUCUCCGCCUCGGAGAACAGCGCCGUCUCCACCCUCACCACCAUGACCAAAACCACGGUGACCAAGGUCAGCUCCCCCGACGCGCGGGACAGCCGGCCGGACGUGGUGUCCGUCACCGAGGAGCGGCGGACCACCGUCACCACCACCGUGACGGACGCCGCCGCCGGCGCCGCCGGCUCCUCCGUCACCUCCAUGACCGUCAGCAAGGAGUACUCCACCCGGGACAGGGUGCGGCUGCUCAAGUUCUCCCGGGCCAAGAAGACCCGCUCGGGCACGGCACUGCCCUCCUACCGCAAGUUCGUCACCAAGAGCAGCAAGAAGAGCAUCUUCGUGCUGCCCAACGACGACCUGCGCAAGCUGGCCCGCCGCGGCGGCAUCCGCGAGGUGCCCGUCUUCAGCUACGUCGCCAAGCCCGCCCUGGACAUCUGGCCCUACCCCUCGCCCCGGCCCACCUUCGGCAUCACGUGGAGGUACCGGCUCCAGACGGUGAAGUCCCUGGCGGGCGUGAGCCUGAUGCUGAGGCUGCUGUGGUCCUGCCUCCGGUGGGACGACAUGGCGGUGAAGCCGUCCUCCACCGGGGGCACCACCCGCACAGAAACUUCAGAGACUGAAAUUACAACAACGGAGAUCAUCAAACGCAGAGAUGUUGGACCUUACGGAAUUCGAUCGGAGUACUGCAUCAGGAAGAUCAUCUGUCCCAUUGGUGUUCCCGAAACCCCCAAAGAAACGCCGACCCCCCAGAGAAAGGGCCUGCGAUCGAGUGCCCUGAGGCCCAAAAAACCAGAGACCCCGAAACAGACGGGCCCGGUGGUGAUCGAGACCUGGGUGGCCGAGGAGGAGCUGGACCUGUGGGAGAUCCGAGCCUUUUCAGAAAGGGUCGAAAAGGAGAAGGCGCAGGCUGCAGAGCAGGCAAAGGUUAGUGAGCAGAAGAAAGCAGUGGAGUGCAAGGCACAAAUGGAGGCUCAGCUGAAGCAGCAAAGAUUGGCUGCCCAGCAGAAACGGCUGGAGCAGCAGAAGCUGGCCACCGGCACCACCGCGGCGUCCUCGCCCUCCAGCAGCCCCGCCGCCGCCGCCGCCGCCACCCCGCAGAAGGUGAUGGUAGGCUCCCUGACCAGCCAGGUCACCCCCGGCACCAAAGUGGUACUGGCCACCAAGAUGGGCUCCCCGGCGGUGACAUUCCAGCCGAACAAGAACUUCCAGCAGACGUUCGCUUCCUGGGUCAAACAGGGUCAGAGCAGUCCAGGCUCAACCACUUCCGUUGCCACGGUGGCCAGCACGACCUCCGGGCAGACGUUCCAGAUCACCAGUAGCCCGGUGACCAUGGCCGGCAAAGUCAUCACUGCCAAGCUGCCCCUCCCUGCCAACAGCAAGAUCGUCACCGUCAACGUGCCAACCACACAAGGAGGUGUGAUGCAGGUCCAGCAGAAAGUUCUGGGUAUCAUUCCAUCCAGCACCGCGGGCAACCAGCAAACCUUCACUUCAUUCCAGCCUCGGACCACCACCAUCAACAUCCGCCCCAACGCCCCGUCUUCGGUCACGGGCUCUCCCCCUCCACAGCAGGUGAUCACGGCUGGGGCUCAGAUCCGCUCAGGAAUGACCGUUAUCCGCACCCCCCUGCAGCAGGCCGGGGCCCUGGGCAAGACCAUCCUGCGGACCCCACUGAUGGUGCAGCCAGGUCAGACGCAGCAGGUGGUGACGCAGAUCAUCCGGGGGCAGCCGGUCUCCACCGCCAUCUCCAGCGGCAGCUCGGUGCAGACCAGCGCGGGGCAGCGGGUCCUGAGCACCGCCGCCCCCUCGCCCCACGGCGCCGCCGCGCCCCCCGGCCAGCUGCCCGCGCCGCAGACCCCCCAGGGGCCCCGGCCCCAGCAGGGCCAGGUCAAACUCACCCUGGCUCAGCUCACCCAGCUCACCCAGGGAGCACAGAAGCAGCAUGGCGCGGCUGUGGAAAGGCAGCAGGGAGGGAACCAGGGCCUGACGGUGGUGAUCCAGGGCCAGGGCCAGACCACAGGCCAGCUGCAGGUCAUCCCCCAGGGCGUGACGGUCAUCCCCGGGCCCGGCCAGCAGCUCAUGCAGGCCGCCAUGCCCAACGGGCAGCUCCAGCGCUUCCUCUUCACCCCCAUGCCUCCGGCCGUCUCCGCGGGCAACGCCCAGGUGACGGCGGUGACCGCCACCAGCACCACGCCUUCCACACCAGCAGGGCCCACUGAGCAGAGGGUGCUGCAGCCGCAGCUGCCCAUGGCGGCUCAGCCUCAGGUCCAGGCCCCGGCCACGCCCCAGGUGUCCCUGGCGUCCCAGGUGUCCCAGGUGUCCCAGGCCCCCAUGCUCCCGGCCCAGCAGGCCGCCGCCCCGGUGCAGGCCGCCGCCCUGGCCCCCGCCACGCCCCCCGCCGCCCCCCAGGCCCACCUGCCCCCCCAGACUCAGGCCCACAUGCCCAUCCAGUCCCCCACGCCCCUGCAGGUGAAGGCCCUGGGCCAGGCCUCGGUCAAGCAGGCCCCGGCCGCCGCCGCCGCCGCCCGCCCCCAGCUGCAGCUGCACCCCCACCCGCCGCAGCUGAUCACCGUGCCGCAGGUGCAGGUGCUGUCGCAGAUCCAGUCGCACGUGGCCGCGCAGCUGCAGCAGCAGGCGCAGCAGGGCGGCGGCGUCCCGCAGCAGAUCAAGCUGCAGCUGCCCAUCCACAUCCAGCAGGGCGGCCAGGUGCAGGCGCACCAGAUCCAGAACGUGGUCACCAUCCAGACCGCCAGCGUGCAGGAGCAGCUGCAGCGGAUCCAGCAGAUCCGCGAGCAGCAGCAGAAGAAGCGGCAGCAGCUGGAGGCCAAGCGCGAGCAGUCCCUGCAGACCUCCAACCAGAGCGACAUCAUCCAGAAGCAGGUGGUGAUGAGGCAGAACGCCGUAAUCGAGCACCUGAAGCAGAAGAAGACGCUGUCCCCCGCCGAGCGCGAGGAGAACCAGAGAAUGAUCGUCUGCAACCAGGUGAUGAAGUUCAUCCUGGACAAGAUCGACAAGGGCGAGAAGCAGGCGGCCAAGAAGCGGAAGCGGGAGGAGUCGGUGGAGCAGAAGCGGAGCAAGCAGAACGCCUCCAAGCUGUCGGCGCUGCUCUUCAAGCACAAGGAGCAGCUGAAGGCCGAGAUCCUGAAGAAGAGGGCCCUGCUGGACAAGGAGCUGCAGCUGGAGGUCCAGGAGGAGCUGAAGAAGGACCUGAGCAAGCUGAGGAAGGAGAAGGAGAAGGAGAAGGCCCAGGCGGCCGCCGCCUCCCAGGCCGCGGCCAGCGCCGCCCAGGCCAUCGCCGUUACCGCCGCCGUCGCCUCGCCCCCCUCCGCCCACAAGCGCAAGCGCGAGGACGACAAGGACCACACCCCCACCAAGCCCAAGAAGAAGAAGAUGAUCUCCACUACCUCAAAGGACACCAAGAAGGACACCAAGCUCUACUGCAUCUGCAAAACGCCCUACGACGAGUCAAAAUUCUACAUCGGCUGCGACCUUUGUACCAACUGGUACCACGGCGAGUGUGUGGGCAUCACCGAGAAGGAGGCCAAGAAGAUGGACGACUACAUCUGCAACGAGUGCAAGCGGGCACAGGAGGGCAGCACCGAGGAGCUGUACUGCAUCUGCCGGACGCCCUACGACGAAUCACAAUUCUACAUCGGCUGCGACCGCUGCCAGAACUGGUACCACGGGCGCUGCGUGGGCAUCCUGCAGAGCGAGGCCACCCACAUCGACGAGUACGUGUGCCCGCAGUGCCAGUCCACGGAGGACGCCAUGACGGUCCUGACGCCGCUCACGGACAAGGACUACGAGGGGUUAAGGAGAAUCCUGAGAUCUCUACAGGCUCACAAAAUGGCGUGGCCGUUCCUAGAACCCGUGGAUCCCAACGACGCCCCCGAUUACUACGGUGUCAUUAAGGAGCCAAUGGACCUAGCUACAAUGGAGGACAGGGCCCAGAAGCGGUAUUACAGCAAGCUGACCGAGUUCGUGGCGGACAUGACCAAAAUCUUCGACAACUGCCGCUACUACAACCCCAGCGACUCGCCCUUCUACCAGUGCGCCGAGGUGCUCGAGUCCUUCUUUGUACAGAAGCUCAAAGCUUUCAAAGCAAGCAGGUCGCAUAACAACAAACUACAGUCUGCAGCUUCUUAGAAUACACAGCUCUUUGCUCUAAGUCCUGAACAGCGGGAAUCUGGUGUCUCUGAACAUUAACCCAUGGCGGAACCAGGCUACCUCUUCAGCUCUGGUGCCGUCCCUCCCCCACCCCCCCCCCUUCUCC